UCAAAAAUGGAUAAUAAGAAAAAAAAGAAUAAGAAUAAAGCUAAAUAAGAAUAAUAAUCUAAAUAAUAAUAAUAAAAUUAAUUAGUACCUUAAAAUUAAUAACAUCAUCACGAUCAUAAUUGUCAUGAUCAUCAUGGAAAUGAAGAUCAUCAUCAUGAUCAUAAUCAUUGUAAUCAUGGUUUACCUGCUGGUGAUAUGCCUAAUAUUGAUCCAGCCAGUUUAUUAAGUGGUUUAAACAAAGGAGAUGGGUUAUUAGGUAGUUUAAGCAUGAUACCUAAAUUAACAGAAAUGUUGAAUUAAUUAAGUAAUUUUGGAGGCUAAGCUUUUAAACCUGAUGAUCCUCUCCCUGAUUUCACUAAAUUUGAUUAAACUAAAGUAUUUAAUAUAUAUAAAUAUGUAUAGUAAACAUUAGAAGUUGCUAUUGAAGAGUUUUAAUAAACAAUAGAAAGUGUCUAAAAGAAAGAUUUCACAAAUCUAACAAAGCCUGUUGUUUAAAAAUAACAAUAAUAAAAAUUAUCAAAAUAAUAACAACAAUAAAGAGAGAAGUAUAAUAAAUAUUUUAUAUUAUUAUAGAAACAAUUAAAUUAUCAAAUAAAAUAUUGAUUAUUUGAAUACAUUAUAAAAGGAUUUGAAGAAGCUAUUAUAAGAUGUAUAUAAAUAUAAAUAAAUAUUAUAGUAAUCUAUGAGUGGAAUUGCACCAAUAUUAAAUCAAGGUAUUGAGAACUUAAAUUAAGAUAUCUAAUAUUAUUAGAAGUAAUAAGAAGUAUGA